CCUGUCAGGCGCUACUUCGGGUAAAAUCACAUCUCGGUUUACGCAUGCGCAUUGUGCGCUAAACUGUUCGAAGACAGCAGCGCGAAAAAAUAGCUCGACUGUUAACUUGUCUAACACCUAGCUAGCUAUUUUGCGAUUUUAUUUGCAAAGAUGCGUACUGCAUUUGUGUCUUAACGUUAUAUAACUUGUUUUAGGUCUUAAGGUGUACAACAAGAACGCUUCUGUUUAUUGUUGCUUCACUAGUGUUGUCUUAUUUAGCUACGUUAGUUUAACGUGUGCUACGACGUUACGUAAAAACAUUGGGUUACAUUAGCUAGCUACUUUAUCGUUAACUAAGCUAGCUAACGUUAGCAGAUAUGAAGCCAGUAAGAGGUUCUAACCGGGCCGAAUCGAAAGCACCUAACUUAAAAAACAAGAAAAAAAGAGAUCAGACGACGGAACAACAAGCGGCAGAGCAUCAGGUAACGGACCCAGCGCCCACUGAAAAAAACCAUGGCAAGAUCUCCCACCCAAAACCAGCACAGAAGAGGAAAGCUGAAGGCUCAUCUUCCGUCCCAAAGAGAGUCAAAGGUGAAGACAAGUGGAAGCUGAUGCCACGAUCCUCAAUCACUGCUCUGGAGAACAUCAUGGACUUGUCAAUACUAGCAACUCUUGCUUUGAGACAGAAAGAGAAGAAAGAGAUCCAGGAACAUCUGAACAUAAUGAAAACCAGGUUUCUUGCUCAAUGUGCAGAGCUCAAAGUUCCCGUGCAGAAACAAAACGAUUUGGAGCGAUCAUCUCAGCGCCGCCAGGAGGAGGCCAAGAAGUCCGUGGUUGGAAAGGCGACUCUGAGCACUCUGGAGGAAGACUUGAGGGCUGUGGUCCGUGCUCUGGAGAAAACCGACGAGCAGACUGUCUCUUUACAGCACGCAUCCGGCAUGCUGAGAGACCAGGUGGAGGAGGAGGACGAGAAAGCUAAAGAGGUCUUACAGAUGGCUGAACAAGCAGAUCUCAACCUUCCCCCUCUACCUCCACAAAAAGAUGAAACAACAUUAGAGACUCGAUUGAGAAAAAUUAUACCAGACAGUGACUCUGAGACCACUGCCCGGAAACUGGGAGAAAUCCUGCAGCAACCAGAGGCCAUUCAGGAUGCCCAGGCGCUGCUUCUACAGGCACGCAGACAUGCCGAUCAGCUCUUCAACCCGAUCAGUGGUGCACCUUGUUCAGACGGGUACCUCACCAAAUCUUUGCUUACACAGGUCUGAAAUCUUUUUUUUAAAAAAAGGGACACUUAAAGAAGUUUGCAAGUGUGCACACAUUAUUUGGAGCUUUGGUGUACAGGAAAAUAUUACUGCAAUAACCUGCGAUACCCAUUUAGUGAAAACAUUUGCAGCCACUACGUGAAGAAUUAGAAAAUGUCCAAUUUUGCCGGCAACAAUAGUAGUACUAAAAAAAAGAGACACUGGGACAGACAGCAAUCGUGGCUCUUCAAAAUAGUCUCGGGAAUGAACUUGUUUUGGUGGAUUAUUGCACCCCGCAAAAGAAAACGCCACAUACAAUAUACAUUUUUUUUUACAAUUUUAUUGUAACAUUCAGCUACCAGGGUGCCUUUUCAACAGUGUUCUGCCCUCAGUAUUUUACAGCAUUCUAUUUUAGAUGAACAUUAUAUAAUUAAAUUGACUGUUGCACAGUGUGGAUGCAUUUGUUGUUUUUUUGUCAAAGUUCAGAUAUCGGACUUCUCUGUCGUCGUUUGACCCUAAAUACCAGAACACAAACUACAUUAAAGAAAUACUAUACUUGCAAAUAAAGACUAAAUGUUUGUAAAACAAU